AUGUCGUUUGAUAUUGUCGGAGAUGACGAUGUUUUGGACUACAAAGGGGUGGACGACUCGACUUAUGGGCAACGUAUUCGAUUGUUUCUGGUCUUGGCAGCGAUUGGAUCCUCUCUAGCUGCGUAUGUCGAGGGAACAGUCGUUUUUGCGUUCAGGGCAACUUUGACUCCGAGAGAGCCGCGUAGGCUAUUCUCACCCCAGAACUUUCGAUACCUUCCAAUCAUGUUGCUACAUCAAGCGUUGAAGAUGUUCCUCAUUUCCUUGUUUCCCACGUCAGGGUCUAGCCUAGUCAAGUGUUUCCUCUUGAGUGUGAUUUUCGAAUCGGUGCUCUCACCUCUCAAGGUGGCCAACAUACAGUCCAUUCUCAACCUACACCCACAAGUCUCUCUGCGUCGACGCACUUUGAAUCAGUCAGUAUGGUUUGAUAUCUUUCCGGCUACGCUGCUGCAUAGCACCGCUUCAAGCUUCUGUUUCUAUAUCACCGUUUAUGCAAUUCGCACUCUAGGCUUUGUGGAGGGUGAAUUCACUAGUGUGGCUAGAAAGACAGCACUGUAUAUGGUCUUUUCCCUUUACGGAGUUACUUACGUCGGGGGUACAGUCCCUACAUACGCUGUUUUUAUGCGUGUUGCUGCUUCUGUGAAUCCUACCCAUGACAGUCAAAACCAUGCGACGGGAACCAUCGAUAUCAAAGGGGCGUGGCGCAGUCUAUCGUGGUCAACUCUGACUAUGCUCCUUGCAAACAUGUACUUUGUUGCUGUGUUAAAAUAUGUGGCUGUGAUGUGCAUGGCGCUGUUCUCGAUCAUACACUUCGUGGACCACAGCUCGGGAUACUCGGGAUUCCGCGAUGCGGGUUUCUUCUUUGCAAAGUACUAUGGGUAG